GGGGUGGGGCACCCGGGCUAGCCAGCUAGGUGGGGCGUGUUCCUGCUGGUUCUGUGAGUGUCCUGCUGUCCACACUGGGGGUGGAGAGGAGAAAGGUGCGUUCAGCCCUUUAGCUCUUGGAGAAGUCUCCUGAAGAAGCCUGCCCCUCCAGCAGCCAUUCUGAGAUUACUCAGAAGAGACUUAUGGUAUGGGACCAAACCCCAACAAGUAAUUGCCUCUGGCUCACUGACGUCAGUUAAUGACUGGACUUUGUACCCAAAAGCGGGUUAAAAACUAAAGACGGUGGAGGGGAAGUCAUUUCCUCCUUGGAUAGCCCAGCAAGAACGUCUAAAAUGAGAGCCCUUGCUCACCUCACUCUUCUCAGCCUCCUUUUUGCAACCUCAGCUGUCCAGUCAAAGACACUUCAACCCACUUCAGGUGUGAGUUCACCUACCACCACACCAACUCCAUCUGCUUCUUCAAUAAUUCCACCUACUAGUCCCGCAGAAACGCCAUCUACUUCUUCCACAAAAUCUCCGUCAUCUACUACCACUCCUACAGAAGGGUCAUCUAAUUCUUCCACAAAAUCUCCAUCAUCUACUACCACUCAUGCAGAAGGGUCAUCUGCUGAUCCCACAAAAUCUCCAUCACAUACUACCGCUCCCACCCCACGAACUCUAUCCACUUCCACGGUUCCUGUAUCAAGUCCAGUUCCAGACUCCACAGUCACACCUACAGAAAAUAACACAAACACAACUGCUGCAACAACACCUACAGCUGCCACUAACACCAGCCCCCCUGGAAGCGGCAAUUUGGGCUCAACUGCUCCUUCUCCAACAAGUAAUGGAUCAACCAUCACCCCAGGCACACAGAAUAAUUCUUCAGAGACUGUUGCUCCAGUGACUUCUGGCAACAUCACUUUGUCCAUAAUCAGCACGCCAAACUCCGGUCCCACAGUUCCCAUCAAUUCCUGCCAAGGAGCUUCCUGUCAAGAUGGUUCUUCAUGUGUUAGCCUCAACAAUACCCAUUUUUGCCUGUGCUCAUUGGGAUAUUACUAUAAAUCUUCCACCUGCAGAAAAGGAAAGUUAUUCCCUGGAACUAUUACAGUGAGAGUAUCAGGAACAUCUGGUUUGGAAGAUGGAAAUUCUAUGGCCUAUCAAGAAUUACAUUUUCAAAUUACUGAUUUUUUUAAAAGCACAUUUGCCAAUUCUGAUUACGAACAGACUGUGAUCGAUAAAGUAAGCAUCUCGUCUUCAGCAAGAUCAGAGAUGCGUGCUGGCGACAGUGCCAUUGUGGCUGAGGUCUUAAACAUCUUCGCAGAAACUACAAAAGAAAAUGAGACGACUGUGUCGGCAUCCAUUACAAAUGCAAUUCAAAACGGCACGAGUGUUACGGGAUACAGUGCUCGAAGUCUGUGUGAUUAUUAUGGUUGUGAACCAGAGCAAGACGACUGUAGCAAUAAUUUGCUGUGUAAAUGCAAGCAGGGGAUGGAAAGACCUAAUGCCCAGGUCCCUGUGUGUGUGGCUUCUGCUGUCAGGUGUCCCGACACUUGCAAUUCAGACCACAAUAAGCAAUGCUUAGUGAACAAGAACACUGGGAAGCCUGAAUGCGUGUGCCUGCCAGGCUACAAAGAAAGUGAUGGCGGGAUCUGUCAAGAGUGUGCGUUUGGUUACAGUGGAGUUCACUGUGAAGACCAAUUUCAGCUGAUCCUCACUGUGGUGGGCAGCAUUGGUGGUGCCCUCAUUCUCUGCCUGAUAAUCGCACUGAUUGUCUUAUCAAGCUCAAAGAACAAAAACAAGAAUAUUGAAGAAGAGAAUUUGAUUGAGAACGACUUUCAAAAUCUGAGACUGCAGCAGACGACGACAGGCUUCAGCAAUCCCGGAGCAAAUGGGAGCAUCUUCCCUAAAGUCAGAGCAAGUGUCCCUGGUCAGCCACAGAAUCCCUAUGUGCACCAGAGAAGCUUGCCUCGCCCUGACUACUAGAAGGGUAACAAAUGGGGACCCUCCGUGGCCCUCAACCUAGUGUCUGAGCUUUUGUUUUGAGUGUUUAAAAGACUAACGGAGAAGCAAGCAGCCAUGAAGUUCUGGCCUUCGGAAUUCCUCUGCCACCCAGCACCCAGCCUCUCUGGAUGGAAGUUGUGACUGUUUGCAACGGAUGCAGCUUGUUCGCUACGUACCUAUCAAAUUGAAUGCACAUAGAUGCUGUUAGCACUUGUAAGACAGAUGAUUUUGUCCAAUCAGUACAAUGGUUAGGUUUUUGGUUGUUUUUUUUUUUUUUUCCUGGUGGGGCAACAAUAACCAUUUCCAAUCUAGAGGAAAGCCCCCAGGAUUGUUGACUCCCAGGAGAAUGUGACUUUGAGUUGAUCACCUGCAGAUCUGUGACCUGAUUCUGAGCGACUCUUAGGCAUCAGCUAUGGAGGUCCCUGGGUGUGGGAAGAAAUACCAUCUUUUAAGGUUCUCAGGCUCAUUCUCUACUAAGUUAAAUAGGAUGCUACUUCUGUCCCUCCAGUGUAGGCAUUUCAUCACCCUUGCCCUGCCGGGAACCUAUGACCUGGCCUCACACCAAGGACACAGAAGAAAAGACACAUUUCUCAGCCUGCCCAGGAGGGCAGGAUCAUUUUGAUGUUAAUUAGAAGGCCAGGACUAGAACUGCCCACCAUGGAGUACAUUCUAGAGUUUCUGAAAUGCCAGGAACUGGUAGAGGUGGAGGAGGAAAAAACAAAAAUAAAAACCAUAGCCAGGAGUAGGAGGAACAGAGGCAGAAGGAAGCUGGGCUGGCAGGAUGAGUACAGGACAGUGCACGUGGGGUCCACCUUGGUCCUCAGAUCCCCCUCCUUGAUGAGCGAACAGACAUUUCCUCCGAUUCAUGUCCUGACUACAACUUGGAGCCUAAGGAAGUGUGAAGAGAACACGCCAGGAGCGAGAGCUGGAAGACACUUUGAAACUGCAGAUUCUAUUUGGCUGAUGGGGAAAGAGGGAGCUUCUGCUCAGGAUCCGGAUGUCCGGCCUUGGGACACAGACUCCAGAGCUCCUUCACGGAGGCCUCAGCCUCCUCUGUGGCCACCAGCGUGCACACAGCUACAGCCAGCACGUGCUUUCUUUAAUGUUAAUAGUGUCCUUGUUUGUAUCUAAUGUCUGGUCCCCUUACAAAUUAUUUUUAUUUGUUAUUAUUAUUUGUUCUUACUAUUAACUGUAAGAGGUAAUGAAUAAAGUGUCUUUGGUA